GGCAGCGUUGUGAACGGAGCUUUUCCCACGCUGGUGUAAACCGAAGUGGAUCGGGUUGCGGACCGAGCACCGAUUUCCUCAGCUCGCAGCUCGAUUGAUGGGUCAGAGUGCUGGACGGCCAAAGAAAAGCAGGAUCAAACUGGACGGAUAUCAGACCAUGGCAGCUGAGACAGCUGAGGAAGAAGAGCGCACAGUGGAUGCUUCAGAGAAGCGCAACGAGCAGCUGAAAGCAAUCUAUGGAAUGGCAGACUUAAGAAAUGGAGCUGUCGGCUUGUAUAAUAUUGGUUUGAGCUGCUGCCUCAACUCCUUGCUUCAGGUUUUCUUCAUGAACAGACACUUCACUAUGCUACUCCGGAGGAUCAAAGUGCCAUUUGAAGCGGCGGAGCAGAAAGCGAGCGUCCCUUACCAAAUGCUCCUGCUUUUGGAGCAGAUGCAACGGGGAAGGCAAAAAUCUGUUCACCCCCUAGAUCUUGCCACCUGCCUGUCAAAGCACAAUGUGAAAUUAUUUGUUCUGUACGAUGCUUCGCAACUCUUCCUAAAUCUCUGGAACCUAAUUAAGAGUCAAAUUAACAAUGCAGAUCUGGUGGAAAGCCUGAAUCAACUGUACAGCAUCCAGCUGCAGGAGUACAUAGUGUGUCAAAAAUGCUCGCUCGAAAUGAAGAAGGACAGCCACAUGCCAAUACUGCCCCUUCCAAUGUUCGAUUUUGACUCUUGCCUGAUCAAGACAUUGGAAGAUUCUUUGCGUUGUUUCUUUGCACCGGAACAGCUGACCGGAGAAAAUACCUGCCGCUGUGACCAGUGUGACAAGAAAACCCCAUGUCUGCUGGGCACGAAAGUAAUAUCUUUGCCCCAGACACUGACUUUGCACUUGAAGCGCUUCUACUCCAAGGAAGGCAGCAGAACGCGGAAGAUUAGCCAUUACUUAGCCUUCCCGCAGAGCCUAGAUUUCAGCCAGAUCCUGAAACCAGAACAGCAUCACCUGGAUGCCUGGGAGAAGGAUGAUGGGUUGUACAAUCUCUUUGCCGUUGUUGCUCACUCGGGAUCAGCUAACUUUGGUCAUUACUGCGCAUACGUUUGGAGCCUCACAGAACGCAAGUGGUACUGCUUCAACGACUCCAGCGUCUGCCAGGUGUCCUGGGAUGAUGUCAAAUGUACCUACGGAAAAGCGUCUCUCCGUUGGAUUUUCUCCUCUCACCCUGGCUUUCUUACCUGUAGGGGUGAAACAGCCUAUCUCCUGAUUUACAUGAAAAAGAAUUGCAUGCAAUUCUGAGACUUCGGGGAACGAGAGAGAAGCUCCAUUGAUACGCCCAGAGCUGUCACAGGCGCUAGCGAGAUCUUUGAAUAUCCAUCCAUAUCCAUCCUGUGCAGGAGGAUGCGAGCGACACAGUGAACCAAAGGCAGCAAGAAGAGAGACCUUUCGAAAAGGAGUAUCAGGAAUAAAUAUGUAUCAAAGUUGCGCUCUGGAAGAUGAAAUGAAGAGCAAGGGAGCCUGUUACUUUGCAAGUGGUUCUGGAAAGUUGUAUAAUCCAACUUCCAGGAGGGCCUCUUGCCUAUUUCUGCAUACAGAGAAAUAUGUAGUAGUGUGCAUCUGUGGGAGGUGGAAUCAUAUACCUCAAAUCCAAUGACCUUCUUGCAUUCUCUUUAAGGUAUAUGAUUUUAGAGUGUUUUAAGUAUAAUUCCCCCCCUCACUUUCCCAAGUGGUAAGGGAACUGCAAGCUUUUCUACAUGAGGCAUUUAUUGUGCACUGGCCAUUCCUUAGUGACAGUAGUUUACAGGUUCUUUAGACAACAUUGUGAUCCUCCAGCUUUCCUUCUGUUUUUUAAGAGCACUUUCCUGAGGGGGGGGGGUUUAGAGUGGGGAAAACGGGGUAUUAUUACUGAUGGUGAAAGAAAAUUAUCUACUUGUGUGCAUUUGUGCUAUUCCACUAUAGCACAGCACCACCUAGAGGCUAUGCAGUGAAAAAGCAGGAAUCCAAAAGCUCUUUAUGUGGAGCUCAGAUUGCAAGUGUGGCAUAGUGGCAAAAGUGUUGGACUGGGAGUUGGGAGAUCCAGGUUCUAGUCCCCAGUCGGUCAUGGAAACCCACUGGGUGACUUUAGGCCAGUCACAGGCUCUCAGCCCAACCUACCUCACAGGGUUGCUGUUAUGAGGAUAAAAUGGAGAUGAUGAUGAUGAGGAUUAUGUAUGCCACCCUGGGUUCCUUGCAGGAAAAAAGGCGGGAUAUAAAUGCAAUAAAUAAAUAAAAAUUCUCCCAUGAACAUAAAAGCAUUUGCAGUGAUUAGCCUCAUGUAGAAAAGCUCUGUUGCUUGUUGAGGAUGCUAAGAAUCAUUGUAAGAGUUCCCUACUCUAUCCAUUCCCGCUUUCAUGAAAUUAGUUCCCAGGAUUUCCUGGACAGAGGCACUGGCAGUUUAAACCACCUUGUCUGUAGCAUAGAAUUGCCCUUACUCUCACCAUUCCUGCAAACGGUUCCACCUGAGCAGUGACUCUUGGUUGUCCAGUGGAAAGCACAGCCUGCUCAUCAAAAGAUGGAGAGGAAAACAAAGCAGAUACCCACAUACCACCAGCAUAUCACUGGAUGGACCCCAGAAAUGCAGAGCCUCCCAUCUGCCAAUGCACAUGAAAACCAGCUGCUUUAUUAGGGCUGCUCAGCACAUGUAAUGACUUGAAGCCCUUACUCAUGGCUAGUGCAAUGUUAUUAGAGCCACCUGUAAGUUGUUAGAUGUCCGCUGGUGUGGACAAAUCUGUGAAUUUGGAAGUGGCUUACUCUUUUAAAAAUGACUUGACAGCCUGCUCCUACACAGUGUUAGGCACUAAUUCAACAUAAAAUGCUAUAGCCUAUUCUAUCUUGCACUGAAGUAUCUGAUUGGAUAAUUAGCCAAUACUUAUCGUAACAGUAUAGAUAGGAGUGGCAUAGGAUUUCUAUUAGCAUCAUAUUUAUUUACUUCCCUUUUAUUUCAAAAUGAAUGUGUAAAUCUGAUCAUGGGGACCUAUGCUUUUUGUAAACUAACUGACAUGGUUAAUUUUUAUAUAAGUUUUUGCCUUAAAAUAAAACCAAUUUAAGUUAUUGUGAA